AUGGUGCGGAGCAGCGAGUCAGGGGGCGUCGGCUUCCUGUCCGACCGGCGGCGCAUGAACGUCGCGGUCACGCGCGCGCGCCGGCACUGCGCCGUGGUGGCCGACAGCGAGACGGCGGCGCGGGAGCCAUUCCUCGCGCGGCUGGUGGCGUACUUCGAGGCGCACGGGGAGAUAGAAUCUGCUGCGGCGGCGGCGGGGGCGGGCGACUAG